AGUUCCGCCAUCAGCCGCCAUUAGCGCACUUCUAAUCAAGUCGCCGGCGAGUUUGCAUCUCGAGAUAUUCAGCGUCUUCCGCUCCUGUGAAUCAGCACAUCCCGCUCGAGAGAGGAGCACUGCACAAGGUAAGUGCGAGUGAGUUUUGUGUCCUCGAGUGAAAGAAAAUCGGGAAUAACGCGUCACGGGUGGAGGAAAACAGAGGAAAAAAUAAAAAGCAGCAAUGGGUCUACCACGAGUGUUCUUCGACAUGAUCGCUGAUGGUCAGGCAGUCGGCCGCAUCGUCAUUGAGCUGCGCUCGGACGUCGUGCCUAAGACGGCGGAAAAUUUCCGGGCUCUGUGCACCGGUGAGAAGGGAUUCGGCUACAAGGGCAGCUACUUCCACCGUGUUAUUCCAAAUUUCAUGUGCCAGGGUGGCGACUUUACCAAUCACAACGGUACCGGCGGCAAGUCCAUCUAUGGUGAAAAGUUUGCUGACGAGAACUUCACGCUCAAGCAUACCGGACCCGGAAUUUUGUCAAUGGCGAAUGCUGGACCAGGCACAAACGGCUCGCAAUUUUUCAUCACCACUGUUAAGACAGCUUGGCUGGACAACAAACACGUCGUAUUCGGCUCCGUUGUGGAAGGUAUGGAUAUCGUUAAAAAGCUGGAAAGCUAUGGUUCACAAAGCGGCAAAACCUCAAAGAAAAUCAGGGUAGCUGACUGUGGACAGUUGCAGUAAAAAAUUAUUACCAAUGUGUUUUUUUCUCCGACAAACUUUCGCGGUUGCAACAACACCGAUGCCGUGUGAUGAUUUCAUGAGAAACAAAAAGAAAUGUGAACAUGAACCAAGAGCAUUUGAACAUAUAAUGUUUUUAUUGCUUUGAUCAAACAAAUGUAUAGAUACUAUUCUGUGUGCAUUUAAAAUUGUUUUAAAGAUUAAAAUGUCUUCGUUUUAUUUUACAUUUAACAUCUUCCACGUACAAAAAUUGUGUAAAGAACUACUGUGUAGUUACAGCCAAUAAAUGAAUGUGUCAAAAUUA